CCCUCUCUCACUGUGUCAGCAGGGGCUUUAUUUUGAAACCAGACACCGGAAGUCCUAUCAUUUCAUUUUGUCUUAAUUGACCACUUUGGCUGGUUUUUGUCGGCUGUGUCCACACAGGUGCGUCCUGGACGUUUGUGCGUAAUUUGCUGCUCCGGCACAAAAAAAAAAAAAUUAAAUGCGUGUUUAAAAAAACGCGUGAUGUUUUGGCAGAAAUUGCGCGUGUGCACCGCACACACACACACUGACAACCAACGCAACUGGGGCAUGCAUUCACUUUAACACAGCGGACCAACAAGCUGCUGUACUGGAGUCUGGAGCAGAUUCACGGGGGAUGAAACGACGUCUUGGUUUUCUGCACUAACGCUGGAUUACGCGCAGCUGCGGGACGUGCGUUUGGAUCUCCGGUUCGGGGGAAAGCAGAACGUCUCCCGUCUACCUGAUCUGCUGUGCCGGGCUGUGGAGGACUGAGGCUGCUACAGCUGCAAAGCUAAUCACCAUCAACCUCAUCGUCAUCAUCAACAUCAUCAUCUGCCACUUCAAACACGACAAGACCCAGGAGGACCGGAGGGGAGGGCUGCUUCUGCCGGAUCAAAGCCCCGACAGUCAUAAAGUACCUGUAGACGAUGACUCCAGCAGCAUGAGAUAACUCGAGGACCCCCACACUAACCGCUGAUUCGAGCUCUUUCAGUUUGGCGCUGAUGAAAAUGUUCCAGCGUGUCAUAGUUGACUGACAGUGCUGUUUGAGCUCCGGGACGUCGCCAAGCAGCUCAAAGCGCAGACAACCACAGGAAGGAGAUGGCACGUCCUGGAUCGGGGUUGCUGGUGCCCGUCAACGGGCUUGGGUACCCGCCUCAGAACCUGGCCAGGGUGGUGGUCUGGGAGUGGCUGAACGAGCACGGGCGCUGGAGGCCCUACACUGCAGCCGUUUGCCACCACAUUGAGAACGUACUGAAGGGGGACGCCCGGGGAAGCGUAGUCCUGGGGCAGGUGGACGGACAGCUCUCUCCUUACAUCAUCGACCUGCAGUCCAUGCACCAGUUCCGACAGGACACAGGCACCAUGAGACCGGUGCAGAGGAACUUCUACGAGCCGUCGUCCGCCCCGGGGAAAGGCGUUGUGUGGGAGUGGGAGAACGACAACGGCUCGUGGACGCCGUACGACAUGGAGAUCUGCGUCACCAUCCAGAACGCCUACGAGAAGCAGCACCCGUGGCUCGACCUGACCUCUCUGGGCUUCUGCUACCUCAUCGACUUCAACAGCAUGUCGCAGACCAACAGGCAGAGCCAGCGCAAGCGACGCCUGCGGAGACGCAUGGAUCUGGCCUACCCGCUGAUCAUGGGGUCCAUCCCCAAGUCGCAGUCCUGGCCCGUGGGAGCCAGCUCUGGGCAACCGUGCUCCUGCCAGCAGUGCAUCCUGGUCAACAGCACGCGAGCGGCCUCUAAUGCUAUUCUGGCCUCUCAGCGGCGUAAGCUGUACGGAGGGACAGUGGGCAACCCGGGUGCUCCAGGAUCUCUCACUGUGGUGCGGCAAAGCAACACCUUUGCUGGAACCUCCCUCUGGUCUCCGACAUCCGCCUCCUCCGGCACCAACAACAAUAACAUAAGUGUGGGAGGUGGGCAAGCCAAAGCUGAACAGGUGCAGUUGCCACUGUCCACUGCCAACUUCCCCUGUUCCCCCGUGAUGCCAUCUCUUUCAUCCGCCCAUGGCCACCACGCUCUCACCAUCAACGGACAGAACAACCUGAACCGGCCGGGCACCCAGCGCAUUUCCAUGCCCACUGCCAGAGGAGCCAUCCCACCAGGGGUUCCCGCUCUCCCAGUAAAGAACCUGACUGGAUCUGGACCCGUGCACCCAGCACUAGCAGGUAUGACAGGUAUCCUGAUGUGCGCUGCAGGUCUUCCGGUUUGUCUGACUCGGGCUCCCAAGCCCAUACUGCAUCCGCCACCCAUCAACAAGAGCGACAUGAAGCCUGUGCCGGGGAUCAACGGCAUGCGCCGCAAAACCAAGAAAAAGCACCUGAGGAGAGGAAAAAACCCAGAGGAUGUGGUGCGAAGAUACACAGAGAAGAUUAAAGUGGUGCCAGACGAGGACUGUACCAUCUGCAUGGAGAGGCUGGUCAUGUCGUCCGGCUAUGAAGGCGUCCUGCAGCACAAAGGCAUCAAGCCAGAGCUGGUGGGCAAACUUGGCAAGUGUGGGCACAUGUACCAUCUGCUGUGCCUGGUGGCCAUGUACAACAAUGGCAAUAAGGAUGGAAGUCUUCAGUGUCCAACAUGCAAAACCAUCUAUGGGGAGAAAACAGGCACGCAGCCUCCUGGGAAGAUGGAGUACCACGUCAUCCCUCACUGCCUGCCCGGCUACCCAGACUCCAAGAGCAUCCGCAUCGUCUACGACAUUCCUGCCGGGAUCCAGACCAAUGAGCACCCCAACCCGGGGAAGAAGUUCAGUGCACGAGGGUUCCCUCGACACUGCUACCUCCCUGACAACGAGAAAGGCAGGAAGGUCCUGAAGCUGCUGAUCAUGGCCUGGGACCGACGCCUCAUCUUCACCAUCGGCACGUCCAGCACCACGGGCGAGUCGGACACUGUGGUGUGGAACGAGAUUCACCACAAGACAGAAUUCGGCUCCAACCUGACCGGCCACGGCUACCCCGACCCCAACUACCUGGACAACGUCCUGACAGAGCUGUCGGCCCAGGGGGUCGGCGAGGACAACCUGAAGGACUGAUGUCCAGCUGAGCUGGUACACAGGAACACAAACCCCACCAUGCCUCGCCGUCCCCCAAAGAGAAUAGGCACACUGCAUGACGGGCCAACAUGCAGCCGAUAACUCUUUACUCCCCACAAAUAAAAAAACCCUGCAGACGUGGUGGCACGAGAGCGACGGAAGCUAAACAAAUGACGCGGUUAUGAUCAAUACUUUGAUUUGUAUAACCUAAGAUUCCCCCUGAUGUCUCUUGAUCCAUGCCUCGAGCAUGUUGUGUUCAUGCCAAAUUUUCUCAGAGGGUUGAAGAAGAAGGUGGAGGAAGUGACGUCGGUAGCUGCAGGUAGAUCUUAGAGUCAAACCGAAGCCGUUCCUCUGCACUUAGAGCAAAAACGACCAGGGGCCAAACCUAUACAAAGGCAUAUUAUGUAAAUGCUCCAGAAUGCAUGGCCCAGACUAACGCUGCAUCAUGAAUGUUGGGCAAUAGGUUGAGCUGUCCAUAGGUCGGCCGUCGCUUGAUAUUGUGAAGAGAAAUUUAAGAGAAUUUCAGCAUCCUUAAUUCAAAUCGAUUAUUCCCUUUUUUUAAAAAUUUUAAUAUUUGAUUAGUGUCCUGUAACAAGUGGUGAAACUUUUCCCACUCCUGAUCUUGGGUCUGUGGUUCUGUAAAAUGAAAGCGUGUCCUGUAGUGCAUGACUCCAGAGAGCUGACGGCUGUGAAAUAUUAGUGUUUGGUGAUAUGUUGUAUGGUUAACCUUGUAGACCGUCUAUGAGAGGAGACAUGGAGCAGAUGAAACGAACGCAUCUCACCGGUCAGUUUGAUGCUCGGCUGCGAGGCCGAGGUUGUGAAUCGGGGGGUUCUGCUACGCUCCAAGGUUAAACUCAUUUGUUUUGUUGACACACUUAUGACGCUGACCUCUGUGAAUAUAAAGCCUGCAUUAUUCUUCUCCCUGUUGGAGCUAAACCCAGCCGUCAGCACGAUCCAUCAUGCCGACCAUACAUGAGGUUGUAAGUGUGCGAUCGCAUGCCCUGAGGCGUUAAUAUCCCCCCGGCUUGGAGUCCUUGAGGAGAAACGCUGAACACGGCUCCUCACAGAUAGACGUCCCUCUUUGGGAACAGUGUUUUCCUUGGAGAUGCAUCUCCUCGUCUCUGGUGAGCUCGUUUUGCUGUUUGCCGCUUGGAUAGCGAGCAGUGAGACAUCUUAUUCCCCGUGUGAGUAGCUGGGGUCGAUCCUGAUGUUUGGUUUCCUCCAUGCAAACGUUGGUUUGGGAUGUCGUCGGCUGGGAGCUGAAGACUUUUUGAGGGUCCUCGAUGGAGAUCUUGUGAUUUUUUCUUUCCUCUGAGAUAAAAACCCAGUGCUGCAUAAUUCUCCAUAAAUAUAUCUGAUCAAUUUUAAUGAGCGUGGGAUGUUGGUUGAUGUAAGGUUUGUCGUGUGGGCGCCCAGCUGUGAGCUUAAUUCUUGGAGUGAAUCAUAGUCUUCCAUAGCACUUUGAGGCAACAGUUUUGUUUAAUCGGUUGUUUGAAAAAAUUGCAACUUUGUCUUUUUUAAGUUGUUGUUUAUAAACUGGCUUGCGAUACUUUGAAAAAAAAAAAAUAUAUAUAUAUAUAAUAUACAUUUGCAGAUGUGAUAUACCUUUAAAUUCAAGCUCAAUUUGAGUCGAUGGUGUAAGUUUAAUUUAUUUUUAUACUCUUCUAUAUAGAAAAUAUAAAGAUAUCGACUGGCCCACAUAUCUAUACGCAGGCACAUGUUAACAUGAAUACAUAAAAUCUGGCAAAGAUGAAGUUGUCAGGAUGUCAGGGACUGUUGAAAUAUGUACGACAUGUUAUGGACGUCUUAUAUUACAAGUAGUCUUAGCGUAUGCUGCUGUCGUUACCUUAAUGUAGAAUCUGUGUAGUCGAUCCCGCGUGGGACUCCCGAUAAAUACAGUUAGUGUGUCUUUAUUAUUGGUGGGGGAGCUUUAGCAGCAUGAAGAUGACCGUUCCCUUCCUCCCCCCUUUCGAAAUGGGCUGUUUCUCUUUUUCUACUUGUCCAGGACAUGGGAAUGGAUGCAGUCAGCGAUCUUUGCUCGGUUUGAAGAUGAAGACGGCGCCUGGGUCGAACAGAAGCUGCAAAUAAUUCUCAGGUUUGUUUCAGCUAAGCGGAGGAACAGAUCAGUGGGGUUUGACCUCAGUCAGUCGUCAAUCUGAGUCCACUGAAAUCUUUUUUUUUUAAAGGCCGUGUCAACAACUGUGUCUUUACAUGAACGCAAUUCAGGAUUUUUGAAAUUCUGACCAUUGACUGUAUAUAAAUACGGAUGACAUAACAGCAGAGGUUUGUUUUAAUUCGUUAUUUGAUGUUAGAAAAGUCAUGAUUAAGUUGAUUGGAUGUACCGUGAUCACUACGGCUCAGUCUGUGGCUCCAAAGAUGGUUUGACUUCAUCUUCAGUCAGAGGAAGUAAAGACAUGUUGUCAAUCUUUAAUAAUUCUGACAGAAUUUGACCUUACGUUAGUCCGACCUGUGCUGCUUCGCCUCUAAAACAGCCAGUUAAUGUACCAAAGCAUGUCCGAGUACUUCAUGUCUUAGAGAAAUGCUUCAGAUUUUAAAGUUUUCACGGCCUUGUGUAUUCUGUGUUAAACUCCGCUGGCUAAAACAAACCCAGGCUGUUGACCCAGGCGUCGACCCAGUCGUCAUUCGUUCGGCCUGUUUCCAUCUCAACAAACUUUUGUGACUCCCUUUAUAAUACGGGGGGACAGCGAGAGAGAGAAUGCUUCCAACCUAUCAGGGAAUUUUUUCCACGUCAAGUGAAGUUUCAUCAACCCCAAGAGAAAUCCAAAUAUUUGCUUCUUCGACUUUUUCCUUUUUCCGUGUGUCGGCCUUGUGGUUCUGAACGUGAUGCAGGCCCUUUAGACUUUUCAGGUGUGUACAGACUUCUAUGGGAACGGCGAAUAAGAAAAACAUGGGUUGGUAUUUGUCUGAUUAAGAAAGAGAGAGAGAGAGAGAUGGUGUUUAUGCAAUUUACUAUUUUUAAGAUGUAAUACAUGAUUUAUGUGUAGCAAGAAGGCUGAUUUUCUUUCUCUGUUUUAAUGACGGUGGAUGUUUUCUUUGUGGGGUGUCUACCUCCAGCUCCACGACCAGAGGACGCUCACAUGCUAUGUAUUAGAAAACAUAUAUUUUUGAUGUCUUCUUUUUGAAUGAUGAUUGUCUCUAAAAGAACUAUUACAUGAACAUUGCUCUAUUACUCUUAUGAAGAUUCAUUCCAUACAUAUUUUCCACUCGAUUAUAAGCGAUAAUGUCCUGACGUGUGUGAGGUAUUUACAGUUGUACUUCACUCCCUCUAAAAUAAUACCUUAACAUUUCGUGUUGUGUGUUUGUAUCUGUGUGUGCGAGUGUGUGUGUGUGGAUGUUGAGUCUAGUAAACGAAUCUUCGGUUCAUGUCCUUUAAAAGAUACAGUAAUGUUCUCCUAGAGGUGCAUGUUAACCAAACUGUGAGCAAGUUUAUUGACAAUGCAUAGCUUUUUUUGGCGUAUAAAGACAUCACAGCUUCUUUAGAGAUAUCACCCAGGUCUUCUGGUGAUUUAGCACUGUGGUUUUUGCAUCUUACUCCAGUUAGUUAGAGAGAUUUUCAUUUCCUCUUGUCAGGUUUUGAUUUCCACGGACCGAGGACGAGGCGGCGUUUGGCUGCUCUCCUCGCUCUUUUCGACGACGAGUGAAACAUUUGAAUGUUUUGCAUUUUUUAAGUGCCCGUUUUAAUUUUUCAAAAUCAUGAUUUCUGUGGUUUGAUUUCUCCUCGGCAGUGUCGACAUAUUUAAAAGAAAUAAAAAAUAAAAUAGAGAGAAACUAAAAGCAAGAUAUCGAGAGACAUUGAUCAAACUAUUAAAGGGCUUCUUAAUCUAUCGGUCUUUAUGGAAUUGUGAUGACCUUGUUGCAUGUUUGUGUGUUUCUCGUGGAAAAAUAAAUGUGCCCUCGACGGGGGGGUAGUUUGACCUUU